AUGCGAACAGUCAAAGCAGCACUCAGAUUUACAUUCUCAAAACGGGUUGUACCAACUCUCAAAGGUGUAUUGGCGUACGAACUGCUUAUCAUCCUCAGCUUUAUAUUGGGUUAUGCAGAGAUCAGCCCCUUCGCCCAAGCGCUUGCUAGCGGUGUAAUUAUCACUAUCGCGUCCUUGCCUGGGCAGUCACUGGGAGCAUGCAUCAUGAACAUCUUCCUCAACCUUGCGGGGGUGCUUGUGGGUUCGCUCAACUUCUUCAUUAUGGGCAAGCUGGCGGGCACGCCCGUAGCGCAAGGCGUAGUGUUUGCUGUGAUGGCGUACCUACUCUCCCUAGUCCACGCCCAAGGCUUGACCUACCUGGGGUUCUCCCUGCUAGCCAUUCUCCAAACAUUCACAGGAAUAUUCACAUCCCUCGCAUCCCCCACCACCUCAUUCUCCGGCUCCCAGCUCCGUGCAUACCUGCAAUCCUACGCAUUCGGCUGCGCGUGCGUAUUGGUCGUCAACAUCUGCCUUCUGCCUAGGACGGCCGAGUCCAAGCUCAGAGGGGCGAUCGCGACGAGUUUGGAUCAUGCGAGGACUUUGAUGUUGCUUGUUAACAAGGGAUAUAUGGAAGAGCUGACUCAGGAGGAGCGAGUGGUGAUGGAACAACUGGUGCUGUCGCUGCGGACAGACUUUCGCUCUCUCAACCAGCUGCUGGGCGAAACCACCUUCGAGCUCUGUCUCUCCCGAUGGUCCAUGGCCUCCUACCGCUCUCUCGUCCAAAAGACCCACGCCCUGCAAAACAUGCUCAUCGCCUCUUACUACGGCCUCCUCACUGGUGAGGAAAACAAGUCCAUCGAAACAUUCAAAGAACAGUUUCUCCCGUCUUGCGAGGAGGAGUUCCGUGCUUUACGAAGAUCGCUCUGCUUGAUGUUCGCCGAGAUCAUGCGAGAGAUCGCACCCGACGAGUUCCUUGACCAUCAGGACGAUGGAGGAGGGGACGUGGAGAAGCAGGCAGCAGGAGAGAAGUUGGAGUCAAGUGCGGAGGAAGGCUCAGAGGGAGAUCAGCAGCGUAUAAUGGAGGAUGUCGGUUGCAGGCUGAGGCAGGAGGCGAUCAAAGCUGAUGCCUCUGCUGCGCGAGCCGCCGCUCCCAAUGCUAGGGACAGCGAGACACCGGCUGGCCCGAUUGAGACCCUCACUCAUAUCCCCACUCCCGAAGGUCGAACAUUAGUCGACCAACAACUCUUCGGCAAGCGAUCACCUGAGGACAACAUCCCUCACUCGAGCGAAACCGUCACUGCCUAUGCCUCCGACGUGGCCAAAUCUCUGCGGGUCAAUUUUGAUGCCUUCGCACAGAAGCUUCUGGAUUUUCAGGCUCAUCUCCUUGUUUCUGGCGGCUUGUCAGUAGACUUGACGAACAAUGCGCUCAAGCUUUUCCAGCCGAUGCGGAGCUUCGCUGACUCGUGGGGCACCGACCGCGUCCGGGGGGUGCAGGAAGCCCUGGACAAAAAGAAGGAUAUGAUGGCGUAUGAAAUCCAUCCGCAAACGCAUAACGUGGCGGAAGAAAACUGUCCGAACCUCGACGAAGAGCGUGAGACAGGGGGGAGGGAGGCGACCAGGUGGAGAGGGAUGGUGAGGUCUGCGGAACCUAUGGAGGACCCGGAUGCUCUCAGAACGGGACAUGCUUUGGUUAGAGUAUACUCGCUGUUGUAUGCUUUGAAUCGUAUGAUGAGCAAAGUGCAGGCCAUGCACGCUGAGGUGACCACAACCUCCCGUGGGAAGAAGCGUCGACUGCGCCUUCAGCUGCAUAUUCUCGACGUCCUGCGCAGCUAUAUCCCGAAGCGACCCUCCCCGGAAGAAGCAAAGUGGGAGUCAGACAUCUCUAUACAGGAAGCGAUCUGCGAGCUUGAGCACCGAGCGUACGUCCCGGAGCAGGUAACUUUCGGGCAGAGACUGCUUGCUGUAGAAAAGUGGUUCAGAUCACCGACCAGCGUGUAUGCGUUCAAAAUCACUUUGGCACUUUGCGUAUUUUGCGUGCUCAUCUGGGCUCCUGUGGUCCGCGGGUGGUUCAUAUCAUACGCGUUAAUUACUGCACUUCCUAAUCUGAUCCUUGCUCUUGCAAGCACUCUUGGUGCAACAUGGCUGUCAUUCAUCAUCCAGAUUCUAGGAACGGUUAUCGGUAAUAUCGCCGCCAUGAUCAUCUUGCUGAUCUUUCGUCAUGUUGGAGGGUAUCUCUACAACCCUUACGGGAUAGCGUGUCUUCUGGCGGUAUAUGCGUUCCCUCUCGCAUACUGCGUGAACGAGAAGCCAGAGCUCUUCCUGUUUGGCUUCUGCGGAGCUACUAUCCUGACGGUGUAUGUCAAUACGGUCGACGAGGCUGCUGCCAACUUCAACUCGCCGCCAUUUUCAGCAGCGAUCGGCCUGGCUGCUCUAGCCGUUGCACUGGGAAUCGUGUUCUGCUUCCAGCUGCUCAUCCUCCGCAGCCCAGCCCGACAUGCCUUACGCGUGGCACUAGCUCGUUUGAUAGAAGACCACCUGUCAUAUGUCACGAUGUUGCAAGCAUAUGUCCGUGCGCUUGAACUAGUCGAUCCUGCUGAUUUGCCUUCGCCGAAGGUUGUUCACAAGGUAGAGCGUGACCUGAAGCGAGGGGAGUCGGACCUGCAGAGGCGGAUCAUGGAUAUGGAUGAGCUCGUCGCGUUCGCUGCUGCGGAGCCUAACUGGCAACGCCCGUUCCAGCGUGACGCCGUCGGUAGGGUGCUGCGCGCCAAUCAGCUGCUCAUGGAUCGUUGGAGCGAGACGCUUGCUGCCAUAGGAUCAGAGCCUUUCCCGCUGUGGGUUUCAGAGCAGUUCAUUUCCACUUUAUCUCCAUAUCGCCGCAGCAUGUUUACGCUCACCAAAACAUCACUCUUCCUGGUUGCCACCUCUGUGGCUUCCAAGAUACCCCUACCGAUCGAGACACCCAACCCUGGUCGAAUGACCUCGGAUCUUGUGCACGAUGCACUGCUGGUCAGCACUCGCUAUACGAACACCGAAGAAGGCCGCAAGACGGUAAAGACCGGUGGUUUUGCUAGAUACUGGUUCUUCCUGCUGGCGAACAUGUCUGCUUGCGCACAUGUAGCCAACAUCGAAGACGCUUGCAGGGAGAUUUACGGCACAUUCGAGGACAAGAUGCGAUAAGGUGCAUUAUGCCGACGGCUGGCAUAUGGACGAUUUUCUUUCAAACGGCCUCGGAGCAGUGGCCCAACCCGCAGCUUUUCAGCUUCGAUCGACUGUAAUUCCUCAAACAUGUGCGGCGAACUGCGGUCAGGGGGGCCUUCCCGUGAACGCCUGACACACCGAGUUUCUCGGCUCGGAGCCCCGCAAAUUCCCAGUUCCGGGCACGAAGACAAAGCGGCCUUGUGGCUGUCCUCGCUUGGACCGUUGAUCAGAAAACUAUGCCUUACGACAUUCCUGCGAGGUCUUCCGGUUCCUCCCACACACAUACAGACGCGUAUUCAACGGACUGAGCGCCGGGUAUUGCCCAACUGGUACGCGCUGUCAAGUGGCAGCCUAGUAUGAUAUCGCGCGGGGAAUGUGAUUGUGCCUUGGAUUAUUGAUUCGAGUUUAGAACUGUGGGGACGUAAAUCAAGUACGCGACGAUUAGGAAGCGAGAUGAGGCGGCUCCACGGCAUGUAACUACCCUCGGGUCGUUUCUUCUCAAUCGAUGCAGACAACGCGCACAAUGGAAAUGCACCUCUUAUUUUCGCUUUUCACCCGUUUCAGAAGGUCAUGCGAUA